AUGCUCGACACACCUACGCCUCCUAAACGAUAUGGGAACGCAGGAAACACUGUUUGGGCGGACGGUCACCCCGCCGAGCGGCUGCGGCAACACCAACGUGACAUCGCGAAGGCGCAGCGCGAGCUCGACAGGGAGAGGGCGAAGCUCGAGCAGCAGGAGAAGAAGCUCAUCAUGGACAUCACGAAGAGUGCGAAGGCGGGGUAGAU